CUCCCGUUCCUCCAUCCCGAGCCCCGAACCGGCCCCGGUUCCCCGUCCCGGCUCCCGUUCCUCCAUCCCGAGCCCCGAACCGGCCCCGGUUCCCCGUCCCGGCUCCCGUUCCUCCAUCCCGAGCCCCGAACCGGCCCCGGUUCCCCGUCCCGGCUCCCGUUCCUCCAUCCCGAGCCCCGAACCGGCCCCGGUUCCCCGUCCCGGCUCCCGUUCCUCCAUCCCGAGCCCCGAACCGGCCCCGGUUCCCCGUCCCGGCUCCCGUUCCUCCAUCCCGAGCCCCGAACCGGCCCCGGUUCCCCGUCCCGGCUCCCGUUCCUCCAUCCCGAGCCCCGAACCGGCCCCGGUUCCCCGUCCCGGCUCCCGUUCCUCCAUCCCGAGCCCCGAACCGGCCCCGGUUCCCCGUCCCGGCUCCCGUUCCUCCAUCCCGGCUCCCUCACUGAACCCCGAACCGGACCCCAGAGCCUCGAACCGGCGCCGGUUCCCCAUCCCGGCCCCCGUUCCCCAUCCCGGCUCCCUCACUGAGCCCCGGACCGGCCCCAGAGCUCUGUUCCAGCGCCGGUUCCCCAUCCCCGCCCCCGUUCCCCAUCCCGGCUCCCUCACUGAGCCCGGACCGGCCCCAGAGCUCUGUUCCAGCGCCGGUUCCCCAUCCCGGCCCCCGUUCCCCAUCCCGGCCGCUUCUCCUGGCCCCGGCCGGUGCCAGUUCCCCGUCGCAGCCCCCGUUUGCUCCGUUCCCGGUCCCGUUCCCGGCCAUGCACCCCGCGGGGCUGUGCGCGGCCUCGCUGGGCUCGCUGGGGCUGCUGCGGCUGCUCGGGGCCCCGUGGGGCUGGAGCGCGGCGGCGGCGCUCGGGCUGUGCCUGGGCGGGGGCGGCUGGCGGCUGCUGCGGCUCGUGGUGAGGACGGCGCCCAGGGACCUCUUCGGCCUGUGGGUGCUGCUCCGCGUCCGCCACAACCUGCGCCGCUUCCGCCGCUCGGGCUGCACCAUCCCCAGCCUGUUCCAGGCCACCGCCCGGCGCCUGCCGGACAAAGCCGCGCUGGUGGACGAGGCCUCGGGGCUCAGCUGGACCUUCCGGCGCCUGGACGAGUUCUCGGACGCCGUGGCCGCCGCUUUCCGUGCCCGUGGCUUCGGCUCCGGGCGACGUGGUGGCCGUGUUCAUGGAGGCGCGGCCCGAGUUCGUGGGGCUCUGGCUGGGCCUGGCCAAGGCGGGCGCCGAGGCCGCGCUGCUCAACUGCAACGUGCGAGGGGACGCGCUGCUGCACUGCCUGGCCUGUGCCGGGGCCAGGGCUAUCGUCUUCGGGGCCGAGCUGGCCACAGCCGUGUCCGAGGUGGCCGCGCGCCUGGGGCCGCACAUGGAGAAGUUUUGCUGGGGGGGCCGCGGAGCCGGGGGCGGCCCCGGGGGGGUCCCAGGCCCUGGAGCCGCUCCUGGAAGGAGCCGCCAAAAUCCCCCCUGGAAACGGCCCCGGGAAGGGCCUGGAUGACCGGCUGUUCUACAUCUACACCUCGGGCACCACCGGCAUGCCAAGGCGGCCAUCGUGGUGCACAGCAG